AUGGCCAGAUUCCACUCAGACUGCAUAGAAGGUCCUCUUCGAACCUGCUUCAGCAUCAUGGGCCAUUUUAUCGGAUCACACCCGUGGUGGUUCAUCAUCGUCCCUCUGAGCUUCUCAGUAAGCCUGGGAAGUGGAUUUUACUUCCUCAAAGACAGAACAUCAAACGACCUCGAGGAGCAGUUCACUCCCGUCGGUGGACCGGCCAAGAUGGAGAGGAAAUACAUGGAGGAAACCUUUCCAGGAAACGGCUCUACGUUUUCACGCCUCAGGCUGAGUCGAGGAGGAAGCUAUGCUACUGUCAUCGCUACAAACAGCAGGAAUGUCCUGACUGCUGAGUCGCUUCAGGAAGUCCUGGAUGUGGACGUCAGAAUCAGAGGCAUGGUGCUGCAACAUCACAACCAGUCAUUCAAAUACGUGGAUAUCUGUGCUGAAGUUCAGGGAUCCUGCGUCCAGAAUGACUUCCUCAGUGCUAUUGAAUACAACAGCAGUAGGAUUGACUCCAUCAGUCUGACCUACCCAUGGUUCCACAACGGCAACAGACGCGUUCCGGUGUAUCUGAGUCUGGGAAGUGUGGAAAUGAAUCCUGGGAGCUCGACUGUGAGAAGCGCCAAAGCUGUGCAGCUCUAUUACUAUUUAGAGGACGACGGAGCAAAAACAGACGUCUGGCUGCGAGGCUUCAUCGAUCUGGUCUCAAAUGAAUCACCCUCUCUUAUCCAGGUGUCCUACUCCACCUCCAGGUCAAUGCAAUGGGAAUUCGACAAAACGCCAUCAUCUGUUGUCCAUUUAUUCUCCAUUACCUACACCGUCGCCAUCGCAUUCUCAGUUCUAACCUGCUGGAGGCUGGACAGUGUGAGGACGAAGCUGUGGGUGGCGCUGUGUGGCGUUGUUUCUGCAGGCCUGGCGGUCCUGAGCGCCGUGGGCGUGCUUCUGCUGCUCGGUCAGCCGUUCGUCCUGACGGCGGCCUCCUGUCCUUUCUUGAUAUUAGGUAUUGGGCUGGAUGACAUGUUCAUCCUGAUCUCCAGCUGGCAGAGGACCCGUGUUCUGGACGCCGUUCCCGACCGGCUUGCUGAAGCCUACAGAGACGCGGCGGUUUCCAUCUCCAUCACGUCUCUGACCGACGCUCUGGCUCUGCUGCUGGGCUGCAGCUCGCCCUUCGGCUCGGUGCGGUCCUUCUGCCUGUACGCCGGCGUUUCUGUGUGCUUCUGCUAUCUGUACAGCAUCACCUUCCUGGGAGCGUGCAUGGCCAUCAAUGGACGGAGGGAAGCCGGGAACAGGCACUGGUUCACCUGCAGGAGGAGCCCAGAGGACUCAUCAGCCGGCUCAGAGGUCUUCAGGAUGUGCUGCGUCGGGGGUCGCUACGAUCAAAACACUGAGCUGGAGGAAACUGAUCCCAUUAGUUAUAUUUUUGAGCAUUUUUAUGGCCCAUGUCUGACCCAUAAGAUCACCAAAGCUUGUGUGAUCAUGGUCUACGUAGCCUACCUAGCUGUCAGCAUCUAUGGCGUGUUGGUGUUACAGGAAGGACUGGACGUCAGGAACCUGGCUUUGGAUGACUCGUACAUCGUGCCGUAUCUCAGCCGUCAGAGGGAGCACUUCUCCGAGUACAGCUGCAGUGUGAUGGUGGCCGUGAGGCAGCCCUUCUGCUACUGGGACCCAGACCAGCAGGCGCAGCUGCAAGCAUGCAUUUCACACUUUGAAAGUCUGGACUUUGUCAACAGCACCCUGGCUUGGUUCACAUCCUACCGGGAUUACGCAGAGGCGUCGAGUCUGAACAUCAGCUCCAGGGAGUCCUUUCACACCCACCUCCCCCAGUUCUUACAGCUCAGCCCCACGUUCAGGGCAGACCUCAACCUGACGGCCGGCGGCCACGUCCGGGCGUCUCGCUUCUUCGUUCAGAUGCUGAACAGAACCGGCAGGAGGCGGCUGGUGACUGGGCUCCGCAGGGCGGCGGAGUCCUGCCCGGUGCAGCUGCUGGUGUUCCACCCCGCCUUCGUCUACCUUGACCAGGACGCCGUCAUCGUGGGGAACGCCGUCCAGACCGUCCUCGCGGCCGUGGCGGCGAUGCUCAUGGUGUCCCUGGUGCUGAUACCCGGCCCUCUCUGCUCUGUGCUCGUGACGUUAGCGGUUUGUUCGGUGCUGCUUGGCGUGGCGGGCUUCAUGUCGCUGUGGGCUGUAAGUCUGGACUCCAUCUCUCUGAUCAACCUCAUCAUGUGCGUCGGCUUUUCUGUGGAUUUCUCGGCGCACGUUUCCUACGCUUUUGUCUCCAGCGCUAAAAGUGACGUUGAUGGGAAAGUCGGCGAUGCUCUGGCUCGCCUGGGGCGUCCGAUCCUGCAGGGGGCAGCGUCCACGGUUCUGGGAGUGGCAGCGCUCUCCCUGUCUGGAUCCUACAUCUUCAGGACCUUCUUCAGGAUCGUGCUUCUUGUCAGCGCCCUCGGGUUGCUGCACAGCUUGGUGUUCAUUCCAGUGUUCCUGACGGUCCUCGCAGCCUGUAGGAGGUGA